AACAACAACAAAGUAGAUAUUGGCAGUCGCACAAAAAUCUAAAAUUUGUGAAGUUCAGGCAUAUAAAUAUAAAAUUUUUGAUUAUUUCGUGAACUAACGCAACUCUCUUGUUUGCAUACUAAUUUACAAAUUUGCAUUUUGAUAAAUAACUUAAAACGAAUACAUUCGAGCACGAAAGUUGCGAGUUGCUCUUGCAACAACAAUACUGCGUGGUUGAACGCAAAGACACAACAGUGAAUAAAAAGCACGCGAAAACGAAAGUUCGACUAGUAUCUAUAAAAUUAUUAUCCUCUCUUCUACCCGCCCAGUUGCAUUUACACUAACGGCUACGUCUUGGAUAAAGAAACUCUUCCAAUUGCCAAAGAAGUAAGAUGUCUGUAGCAGAAUUUCUCAAGGACCUUCCCAGUCACAAUGCACAAAAUUUUUCGCAAUUUAACAUGGAACAAGGACUUCGUACAUCACAGAAAAGGCCUUCCGUAUAUCUACCUACAGAAGAUGUGCCAUCGGAGCAGCACAUUGUGAUGGAUAAACGUUGCGUGUUAUUGAGAUAUCUUAAACAACAAUGGGAUAAAAAGACAUUACCUCGGAAACGUGAUCACACCAACGGCGAUGCAAACGUGGGUAAUGGCACAGCGAAUAACAGUUGUAAAAAACGUCCACGAUUGGAUAUAAACCAACUUGUUUAAAACACCUUGGAUUAUGAGUUGUAAAGUGGGCGGGGCAUCGAGCGCAGCACGAAUAACCAAAUUGUGUCUGGCAUGCGCUUAAAAGUAUGACAACUUGCUGUUAUAAUUUACUAAAAAUUGAAUUAUUUUUUGUUUUUUAUUAAAACAACACUUCAAGAAAUUUUUGGUUUUAAAAUUAUAUGUUUGUAUAGCAUCCUCCUUAGUGCUGUACAAAAUCAACGAAUUAUAAUCGGCAACAUAAACCCUAAAUAAAUAUAUUCCUGAAUGAUUUUAAAACCCUCGUAAAAAGGGGUUCUGUACAAACACACAAACAAUAGUCUGCAGCUUGUUAAAUAUGGUGCAAAUAUGCGCCUAGCCAUUACACAUUAGUUAUUAAGAUAUUAUUUUCUAAAUAUUUGAAUAUAAGCAAUUUUGUAAGUCGCAACUCACAUUAACGGAAACUUGGAAAUAACUUGUACUAAAAAAUAAAUUCACACAUGCACGCAUUAA